AUGAACCCGAAUACGCCCUACGUCACUCAUCUGGCCGUCGCCAAGUUCUCCCAUACCACCACUCUCAUCGAGCAUGCCGGUCCACUGACCUGGCACCAUGUAAAUGGGAAUGGCGAUCUGCUCUGCAUCUUUGAAAAACUGCCAGGCAGCCUUUCAGUUCCUGCCAGACUGAUACUGCGCGUGGUCCAACCCCAGGGCAUACUGGAGCAAAUUGACCUGGUGCACGCGAUGACCUCUACUCAAGAUUUGAAUGGUUCUCCGCAGAAAAUGCUCUUUACCGUCAUUGUGAAAAUGCCCUGCCUGGCAAUCAAGUACCCUUCAGGACCAACCUACCUCCGUCGUUUCCAAAUCAAGUUCGUGUCUGAUCGCGACUACUAUACGGCGCUCGCUCUCUUAGGCGAGAUCAACUGUCCCUUAGCAGAAGGAAGUGCGCCUUCUGUCCCAUCCUCUCGAAGACUGCCCUCGACCAUGUCGUUGAACUCGGAAUACGCCCCGUCACUUGCAAGAAGCUAUACCGGGGAGCCGCACACUAGCUCUGCGAUUCCUUUUCAUUCUGCAGCAUACAGAUCUGCCACAGCGACAACUACCAACCCACCGCUCUCGUGCUCAGGCAGUGUCUCGCAUGUUACAUCCUACCAGGCGCAUCCUCCGGCCAGAAGCAUCGGUCCCGGCAACGCCAGAGCACAGGCAACGUUUCGACGAAGCCAGGAUACUCGGGGCUUCGAUCAUGAGCCUAUGCGACGCACAAACACUUAUGCCCUGCCAUCAACCGCCGUACCCUAUCACGACAUCGAACCACUGAACCAAAUGCUUCCUCCUCGCUCAGAACAGGCGAGGCGUACUAGCACAACCACUAUUGCUACCAGACCUGCUAUCUCCGCAGCACACCAUGACAUCGCAUCCCUCAGCCAUGACCUUCCCCCAAAGCGAACCCUUCCAUUCUCAAACCAGAAACCAAGCGCGAAAAAAACACGAACAAAUGCAGCGCCUCAGACUCAGACACCCAGUUCCACCCCAUGUCCACAGCUCCCGCAUCCAUGUGCCGAACUAAACGAGGCACAAGUAUCCCAUGAAAAUGUUCCAUUGCAGGGACUGUCACGUUGCGCCUCAAACAUCCAAGUCUUCCAAUCCCAACCUCCCUCACCGACACCAACCCAGCGGCAUCCACAGCGACUGCCAACGCAGAGACUCCAUCUGAACCCUCCUAAGCCUCCGCCAAUCUCUCGGCCAAACACAUCUACGCAGCGCAGCACAGAUCUCGAUGGGCAUACUUUAUCGGCUACACAGCCCCAUCCAGACAUUCCGCCCAACACCACCACAUCUAUAACACAAUCAGAAACCCAAAACCAGAACCAGCACCAAAAUCCAGGAUCACAACCACCUGCCCAGCAUCCAUCCUCGUCCUCAUCCUCAAUUGAACAAACUCUAUCGCAAUACUCCUCGGCACCAACAUCCGAACGCACCGCCAUGCUCGAGAACUGGAUGUGCGAGCUGCUCGAGGAUGAUAAGUUCAUGACCCUGUGUGAGGAUGUCGAGGGGGUGUGGAGGCGGUUCGCGUUUGGGAAGAAGACGUGA